AAUGUAGUGGCUUUUUCUACUUUCUGGCAAUGUGUCUGGGGCAACUCUAGCUAGGUACGGCAGCUCUCAAGGUAGGGAUAGCCGCAUUUCCCCCUUCCAACAGGUGAUCAGGGGAAACCCCUUCCUCCCCCUCCCAAUGCGACAUCCCUCCUCCCUCUCUUGCCCAUCCCAAUCGCCGCCCACUCCUCCCGCCAGCGACCAGGUCGCCAAGUCGCAGUCCUUCCCUGCCCGCCGUCGGGGUCGCAGCUCCAUCAGCGGACACCUGCCGAGCCCUUCCCGGCCGACCGACGCAGGAACACCCGCCUCGAUGGGGGGGUGUCUCGGCAAGACUCACAUCUGGGACGGGGUCUGGGUCCGAGCCCGAGAUAAUCCAACCAAGCCAUAUGCAAUCGGCGGGCAUAGGAGGCAUCUAGUCAUUGAUAGCACCCCCAGGUCAAGUCCAUGCCAUAGGGUGCUCGGUAUUUAUUCGUUCGUUUUCCUUUCCUUCAUUCGUUCGUUUACUCUCUCUCUCUCUCUGACUAUUCCGCGCCGGGAGCCUCAGAGACACGGUGUCCUAGCCCGAUGCGUAAGUUGCCAGUAAAUCGACCUGCCGGCGACCAUGGGGCGCGUGAUCUGCAGCUGCGGGAACUGCGCUCGGCGCCUGGGUGAGGUGCUCGAUCUGUGGGUGGCGAUCGGCGGAAGCUACAUCAGUCCCGUCGCCGAGGGCGCCGACGGCUGGGACGUGGUGCCGAGCGGCCCGGCGCAAGGAGGCGACGAGCAGAGGCUGCUGGAUAGCUGCCAUCUCCAAGGUGUGGCCUGCGCCGGAUGCCGCGCCGUGGUCGGCCUCAGAUGCGUAGAUACGCCGGUCAACCAUGUCCUGCACGGGGGCCAGCUACUGCUACCGAGUUCCUCGGUUGCUAUCACUUCGCCUGGUGAUGAUAACUCCGUCGGAAUCACAAUCCAACGAACCCUCGAACGGAGAAUACCUUCCAGCAGUGGUAUUGUUACUACCGACACCCCAGCAACCAUGGAAAGACGCGCAAAUAAUAAUAACGACGCUCCGGGAAUCGGUAGCCAAUCUUUCUCGGGCAGUCAACGAGCUGAUUUGGACAGUGCCUUGCUCGAGAGCGGAUUUAGGGAGGCAGCAGGCGCGUCGCAGAGCCAGUCGAUCCAUGCCCACGUCGAGCGAGAAAUUUCUUUGCUGAAGCAGACAGUCUCCGAUAUGCGUUUAUCUCUGAAUCAAAGCUGCGAUUACAAGGCUAAAGAACGGGGCCGCGAGCAUCGCAUACGCCUUUCGGAGCUGCACUUCGCGAAGCCGCGGCUCGGGCGCAUACGGGAAAAGCCGGCCGGGGCAAACGGGGCCAUGAGAGAAGAGAACGCGGCAGCGAAGCCUGCCGCAAAGGAGAUCGCCUCGUUGAGGGCCAAGUUUGAACAACUGAGGGACCGGGUGUUUCGAGGGCGUGCGCAGAGGUCGCCCAGCGAGCCUUUCGUUCCGGCACUAAAAAUGUGGGUGUCCGGCGCGGAAAUUCUCACCAUCAUCGUCUGA